GAGAGCCCCCAGAGCUAGAAGAGGAGGAAAGAUAGCGCCAUGGGGAGAGCUCCGUGCUGCGACAAGGCAAGCGUGAAGAAGGGCCCAUGGUCGCCGGAGGAGGACGCCACGCUGAAGUCCUACAUCGAACAGAACGGCACCGGCGGCAACUGGAUCGCCCUGCCGCAGAAGAUUGGUCUGAAGAGGUGUGGCAAGAGCUGCCGCCUCCGGUGGCUCAACUACCUCCGGCCUAACAUCAGGCACGGCGGGUUCUCGGAGGAGGAGGACAGGAUCAUCCUCGGCCUCUACAUCAGCAUAGGAAGCAGGUGGUCGAUAAUAGCGGCACAGCUGCCAGGGAGGACAGAUAAUGACAUCAAGAACUACUGGAACACAAGGCUCAAGAAGAAGCUUUUCGGCAAGCAGUCCCGCAAGGACCAGAGGCAGCAGCAGUUCGCACUCCAGGUAGCAAAUGGUGGGCAGAAGGAAGAAGGAACCAGGGACACAAACGGAACAAAUGGCUUUGCUGCUGGUGCUUACAAUUGGCACCAGCAUGCCAUGGCCAUGCCGGUGCAUCCGAUGUCGGGAUCAAUAGUGGACGGUAAUCGUACCGGAGAAGAAGUCGACGAGUCAAUCCGGAAGCUUCUGUUUAAGCUAGGAGAAAGCCCUUUUGGAGCCCUGCCACCUCCACCAAUGUACGGGGAAACUCAAACCUUUGUGAUGCCAUCAGUGCACACAGCUCCGCUCACCGAAGGUGGCAUCCAGUGUUCCGGCGUGCUGCCGGCGCUAGAGCUUGAUGAGAGCUUUCAGUUCAAUCAGGUCAAGCUGGACGGGCUGGAAUGCUUCUUCGGCAUGGGGGACCAGAGCAUGAGGUGGAAUGAGGUGAGCCCCUUGGUUUGCCCUAACACUACUAUGGCAUCCAGCUCCCAAGGGGUGCAGCAGUACUGCCUUGUUGAGGAGCCAGUUGACCUUGGGAUGCAGUAGCGGAAUAGCUAUUGGUUUUUGUUCUCAUGUACAUGCAUGAUUGUGGUGUAAAUUUGUAGCAUUCAUGGGGAAUGGUGAAAGAUGAGAGCUUUGGAUUAAGAGCAAUAACUUAAUGCCUCUCACCACUCCUAAUUGAGAGAUGCCUUGUUUUCAGGUAUCUUCAUCUGAGUCAUGUCUUGAAAUGUUUUUUUCCCACUGCCUUACAGAAAUAUUAUAAUUUUUA